AUGGCCCCCGGCGCGCUCGACCUCGACGCCCACGAACAGCCAUCCGACCAAAUGAAGGCCGAAUGGAAACACUUUGCCCGCCUCGACCAAGCCACUCUCCUCCGCGACAUCCCCCUCGACGACCCCCGUCUUCCCCUCGAAGAGACAGAGUUUCGUCUGUCGGGACAUGUCCCGCGAUCGCAAAUCGCAGAGGCCUUUUCGCAUCUGGGAGCCGAGUAUGUCGACGAGGGCAAGGAGGAUGGCGAUGCCCCUAUCUUGCAUCAUCCCUUGCUUCCGGGCCUCCUCAUCAUCCCCUCGCUCAUCCCACCAGCUGUCCAAACGCACCUCCUCAACACCAUGAUCCACCGCGACCUCUCCAACCCAACCCACCAGACAAACCUCCACCUCCACUACAACCUCCCCUACCCUUCCUCAUCCUCAUCCUCAUCCCCAGCACCAUCAGCUUCAACAACAUCCUUCUUCUCCCUCCCGCCCUCCUCCCCCACGAAAUUCACCCCCAAAGACCCCUCCGUCCACAACCCCCUCUCCAUCAACCAAGUCCUCUCCCGCCGCCUCCACUGGGUCACCCUCGGCGGCCAGUACGACUGGACCAACCGCGUCUACCCGGACGCCGCCCCUCCCCAGUUCCCGUCCGACCUGGCCGGCUUCCUCAAGGCGCUCUUUCCCGAGACGCUCGCCCAGGCGGCCAUUGUCAACUUUUAUACCCCCGGCGACACCAUGAUGAUGCAUAGGGAUGUCAGUGAGGAGGUGGACAAGGGCUUGGUUAGCUUGAGCUUUGGAUGUGAUUGCUUGUUCAUGAUUGCGCCUAGAGACAACAAGAAGGGGGAGGACAAGAAAUACCUCCUGCUGAGACUCCGCUCCGGAGACGCAAUCUACAUGACGCAGGAAUCCCGCUACGCAUGGCACGGUGUGCCCAAGGUCAUGAAGGGCACGUGUCCCGACUAUCUCGCGGAUUGGCCUGCCGGGCGGGAGGACGGCGAGUUUGAGGAGUGGAAGGGGUGGAUGCAGAACAAGAGGAUCAAUCUCAACGUGCGACAAAUGAGAUGA